AUGCGUCUCCCGGUGCUCGUGUGCGCCUUGGCGUGUCUGUCGGCGGCACCGGGCCCGGCGGCCGGGGCGGACCGGAGCUGCGCCGACCUGCGGCAGUUCUACAACCGGCAAAGGAUCACUCUUGCCGGGGUACCUCAGACUGAGAUCUCUGGUGAGCAUCUGAGGAUGUGUCCCCAGGGUCCGACCUGCUGCACCAGUACCAUGGAGGAAAACCUAGCAGGUCUGAGCUCCCGAGAGACCGAGGGCCUGAUCAGAGAGGCCGGCAGGUCGCUGCAGGCGGCCUUCAAUGCUCUCUACAGGAGCUUUGACACCUAUUUCACUGAACUACACAGUCGUUCGGAGCGCUCCCUGCAGGAGGUACUGGCUCCCCUCGGCUCUCUGUACUCGCAGAACACCCGUCUCUAUGGUGAUCUGUACAGCGAUCUGCGACAGUACUAUCGGGGUUCUGCUCUCAAUCUGGAUGAAACCCUGUCAGAGUUCUGGUCCCGCCUUCUGGAACGUACCUUUAAAAGUGCCGCCCCAAAAGAUGUCACCCUGUCAGAGGACUACCUUGAAUGUGUUGCUAAGCAACAGGAGACGCUACGACCAUUUGGAGACGUCCCACGAGACACAAAGACGAAGGUGAUCCGGGCUUUUGUCACAGCCAGGUCGUUUGUCCAGGGGCUGAUAGUCAGCGGAGAGGUGGUCAGGAAGGUCUCCCAGGUGUCUCUGAGUCCAGAGUGUGGGAAGGCCUUGAUGAAGCUGGUGUACUGUCCUCAUUGUCGCGGCAUGCCGUCCAUCAAACCCUGCUCCAACUACUGCUCCAACGUUAUGAAGGGCUGCCUGGCCAACCAAGCUGACCUGGACUCUGAGUGGCAGAACCUUAUAGACACUAUGAUUCAAGUGGCGUCGAGUUUCAGCACAGAGCCCAGUCUGGAUGUGGUUCUUUCUUCCAUCCCGGCUCGGAUCUUUGAGGCCGUCUAUUACUUACAGGAAAACAUGGAGACCUUUACUGCGAAGGUGUAUCAGACAUGUGGAAAUCCAGGUGAACCAGGAACAGGAAGUCCCAGCCUUCAUGACCAGAGGAAGAAGAGCGGAUCCUUGACUGCUUCAGAGUACAAACCAUCCCCGACCGCUGGACUCAGGCUGGAAAUGCAGGUAUCAGACCUGUCGAGUAAGCUGAGGGAGAUGAGGCAGUACUGGAUCCAACUGCCGGUGGCACUUUGCAACAAACUGGCAGCAGGAGGCACCAGUCAAGAUAAAUGCUGGAAUGGUAUAACUAAAGCAAGGUAUCUUCCAGAGGUGAUGGGUGAUGGUUUGGCCAAUCAGAUCAACAACCCAGAGGUGGAGCUCGACAUCACAAAGCCAGACAUGACCAUCAGACAACAGAUCAUGCAACUGAAAAUUAUGAGCAACAAGCUGAAAAAUGCACUGGAUGGUAAUGACGUGGACUUCCAGGACGCAAGUGAAGAUAUCAGCGGGUCAGGGAGUGGGAUGUGCAUCGGUGGUCAGUGUCCUCGGAGCAGACCGGGACUGUACGGCUACCCACCAGACAACAAAGGAGUCAGAGGCACAGCCACGUCUCAGACCCGCCUCUGGGACCUCCUACUGCUGCUCCCAUUGGCUGUCCUGCUGCUCCUCCAGCGAUGAUGGAUGGCUACCGCCUCUAAUCAAACUCUGGAGUAAGGCCGAACCACGGGAAGGACAAAAGGGGGUUUGGCGGGUGGAAGAUUGGAACGUAACUUUGCCAAAAAAAAAAAAAAAACAAAACAAAAAAAAAAAAAAAAGAAAAAAGAUGAAAAAGACAUUUGGAGAAUGAAUGAACAUUUUCUUUGACCAAGAGGAGCAAAAACAGACAGUGACAAUACUCUUUAUUUUAUUUUGCUCAUUACUGGUUUGUUGAGCUGGUUUCUGAGACGUCUUGGGAUGAACGGAAAAAAGGAAUAUGAAGAAGAGAGUGAUGAUAAAAGAGGUGGGAACAGGAAAGCUGGUUAUGAUUUACUGUCAUUAUAUCAGGUUCAUUCAGUGUCCUGUCAGGAGACAGCAGAGCUCAGUGAAAAUAUGUUUUAGUGCCCCGAUAUGUGGUGCGUUCAACAAGGCUUUUUUAAAUUUUAUUUUAUUUUUUUAAGCCUGAUUUGUCUACUUUACAUACAUUGUGUAAGCUGUAAAUGUGUGUGUACAUUAGCUAAAAAACUGGCACCAUAUUGAGCCAUGAAUGUACAGUAUAAUACUAUAUUGGCAAUGAAUUCCCCAUAAUCUGUGAUGUUGUCGUCCAGAUGUUUGGCGUCCAGUGUGUGUUGGCAUACAUUCAGUAGGAUUUGUUUGAGAUAUUGCAGUUAAGUCACCACACUCCUGAACUAUAUGAUGUUGUGAUUGCAAGAUUUUACCUCACGUUUGCUGUAACCAUUUCAAAAGGAAAAAGGAAAUGACCACUUUUUAAAAACAACAACAAAAAAAACAUAACUUCUCACCUUUGUAAAGAAAUGACAUCUCAUGAAAGCACUUAAAAACAAGCACAGAAUAAUAGUUUUACAUCCUAUAUUUUUUCCCGUAAUGAAGGCAGAAAAGUGCACAUUGUUUUGACACUUCUGUUUACAACAAAAUACAGAACACAGCAAAAAAAAAAAAAAAAAACGGAAAAAAAAACCAAAACACAGCAGAAAUCAUGUCAUAAAACAGUGACACUAGAGAGGA